AUGCUGACCUCCCUGAAGCACCGCCUAGAGGAACUCGAUGAAAUGGAGACUCUCACUAGCUUCUCAGAAGCACCUCAGACAAAUUUGGCGCCGAUUCCUAUUCCCAAGUUCAGCGGACGUAUCUGGGAAUGGGAUACCUUCUGGGGGGCUUUCAAGCACUCUGUGGAUUCUCGAGAAAUGGACGAUUUGUACAAGAUGAAUUACCUCCUUGACGCACUUCAAGGCGAGGCUAAAGAAACCGUCAAGCAGUUCGAGCAUCACCUGGUCACAUGCUCGGUGAAUCCCAAACUGGCAAGAGAAGUAACGAGUAACACCUAUGUGGACAAUAUCAUAGUAACGACGUCAUCCGAAGAAGAGGCACUGCAAUACUACACGGAUUCAAAGCAGCUGUUCAACGAUCUUCGAAUGAAUCUACGAGAGUUUCGUUCAAACGAUGAAACCCUCAAUGCGCGUAUUGCACCAGCGGACCUGAGCGCUAACACUCUUCAAAAGGUCCUUGCAGCUUUGGAAACACGGCUACGACUGGGACACUCCGCUUCAGUCGAACACCAGCAAGAAUGGCAGAACAUUGUGGAAGGAGCAGAUGGCUUUGAGAUAUCGCUUCCGAGGGAAGUUGCUCACAUCGACACUAAUGUGAGCCUUGUUCUUUUUGCUGACGCUAGUUCACACGGAAUGGCAGCCUGCGCAUACCUCGUCUCCGGAUCAGACAGCCACAUUAUCGCUGGAAAGUCCAAACUUCCAUCCAUCAAGGACAAGCCAACUAUUCCGAAAUUGGAGCUCAACGCUCUUACCAUGGCGAUGAGGCUAGCGUACUCAAUUUAUGAGGCCUCGGUCAUCGAGUCAAAAUUGAAGAAGUAUGCGUCUUCUCCAACUCAGAAAUAG